AUGGUUGAACAAGUGGCAAGUACGACCGGUAGUUCAGAUGACGAGAAAACAAGAGCGUUGGCCGCAUAUCGCCGUAAGCUCGUCGAGUAUCGUGAAGUGGAACAACGUUUAAAAGAACUUCGAAAGAAGGAACAAGAAAUGCAAAAGGAGCACGAUAAAUCCGAGAAUGAUAUAAAAUCACUUCAAUCAGUUGGUCAGAUU